AUGCCGUCCUUCCCAACGACACCACUGGUCCGAGCCAGAGAAGAUGGCCUACAGUUGAGCUAUCGACUUCCCCAUCGCAUCCACGCCGCGCAAGCCUACCCCAUCCGAGCUCCCAAUGGGUCAUCGAUCAUCGUCUACGGAUAUGAGACUGGAUUGAAGGUUAUCUGGAGAGGUGGAAGGCAGUUUACGGACUUGAAACAAUAUCAGCCUUCAGCACAAGAUAAAGGCGCUAGCAAGAACGGAGAUGACUCCGUGAUGAUUAUUGACUCCGACGAGGAGGCCGCGCCUGAACCCACUGCAUCGCAGACUGAAGCUACCUAUGGAUUCAGCCCCGAAGAGUCCGAAGUCGACCCUGCCUUCCCUUUUGAAGCCGUCUUGCGUCAAAUUGAUAUCCCCUUGGGCAGCCGUGUGCUGGACGUGGCAGUUCCCAAGGUCCAACCCGAGGAGGCACGCUCGCCCCUAGAUCCAUUUCCGCCCAUUGUGAAGAACACUAUUGUUGUCGCAGCUGUCUGCUCCGACCUCUCGACACGGGUUGUGACGCUACCACUGACUCCACCUCACCCGAAACAAACCGACCCUCAAAGCUGGAAGAUCCAGUCAUUCACAGUCAAUGGAGGAGUCGCCCACCAGGAUAUCCCGAGGGGAGUAUCUCUGACGUUUACUUGCCAAGGUAUUGAGGAGGAGCACGACCGACACAAGUUGCGGAGCCGGACAACAGCCUCAGGAAAAUGGGAUCUUUUGGUGGCCACACACUCUGCAGAGGGAUCUGGUGUGCUGCUUCUGCACCGCAUUCCAAUUCGGGAAGACUCGUCUCACAAGGAGCUCUCAUAUCGUUUGCUGGAGGAAGAUCUUGUUUCGCAGCGACGUGCCUUGCCGUCCCCAGCCCAGAACAUUGCUUUCAAUCCAUCCACAUACCCCUCCGUUCGUCACUCCAAUCUUUUGGUCGCGUUCCACAGUGGCUUUGUCAAGAUUUACUCUUGCUUCUCGGCGCAACAAAAGCCUCCAAAAUCGGGUCGCCGCUCGUCGAGCGCACAGGAGGACUACGAAAGCAUUGAUACCGAAGGCCGAUGGCUCAUCAGUCUCUACCCUGGUUUCGAACAAGGGUCAACCGGAAUUCCUCGCCGAAAGACCAUCAUUGAUGCGAACUGGGUACUGGGUGGCCGGGCUAUUAUGGUUCUUCUUGCCGACGGCGAAUGGGGCGUAUGGGAUAUUGAAGGCGCUGGCCCGGGUACCACCAAGGGUCCCUUGCACCGUCAGUCCAGUGUACAGGGUGUGACUGGAGGCUCAAUCACCACCUAUGCUGUCAGCGGGCGCAUCGUGGCACCGCCAUCCAACACUCAGUCUGAAGCGGAGCAGCGACCUCGUUUCGCUCCUAUGACCCCGUCCACGAAGCGAGUCCGGGAAGACACACUACUUAAGGGCGCGAUGACUGCGGCGAGCCCGUCUCUCCGUGGACAAAUCUCUGUCUGCCAAAUAACCUCCUCGCAGGAAGGCCUGCCUGAUGAGUCAAUUCUCCUGCGCCAUGGCAGCCACAGCGCUGCCAUCCCCAGUCUGAUUUCUCUCUGGCGCAAUGCUGUCCGAGCAAGCGGCACAUUUGACUCAUCGAACCGAUGCCGGGUGACUCCAUUCCAAGAUGUCAAUCUGAUGGGCGAGAACUUCCAGGCCAUCAGCCACCUUCCCGCACCAGCCCGUCUUUCGCGCGCCGCCGAGCGUCAAACCUUUGACGUUCUCGUUGCUGCCGAGCACCAAAUCAUGAUCCUUGCCCCUCGACUAGUCGAGUCGGACGAGACCGCCGCCGCCCAAGCCAUCAAGCCCGAAGCCGUGGCGGAAUCUGACCAGAUGAUGCUGCGCCGGGGCGAGCUCGACGUGGAGGGAAUGGGCCGACUGUUGAACGGUAUGGCGAGUGGCACUGGAUCUCUCCGCAUGGGUAGUCCUGUGAAGCGAGCUCGAAUCUUUGCUUGA